UCUUCCUCUGCUUCUCUCAUCUGAUAAGCGGACACAAACCUCCCAAAUUCAAAUCUUUUUAUAAAUAAAUCAUUUCUUAUUAUUUUUGCUUCCUUUUCGGGGCAAAUAUUUAAAAAUUUAAUUUAUAAUAUAAGGGAAAAAAAAAUGGCACUGAGCUCGUUCUCUAUAAAAUUUGGUUCCAUUUCGUGUCCGUACGAAAACCUGAGGAACGGGACGUCUUCGAGACUGAAACUCAAGCAUGUGCUUUUCGCUUUCGCUUCCCCGAAACCCUCGCUUCAUAUUUCGGCCGAUUUGACACCGAAAGCGCGCUUUGUCGCUCGGCGAACCGAAUCGGUAUCGGUUCCGCAGCUCCAGCGGCCUCUAAGUGAGUAUAUGAGCUUACCGGCGAGUCAAUACUCGGUUUUAGAUGCAGAGAGGAUAGAGAGAGUGGAUGAGAAUACAUUCAGGUGCUAUGUGUAUAGGUUCAAGUUCUUUGCAUUUGAGGUUUGCCCUGUUCUUCUUGUUAGAGUCGAAGAGCAGCCCAAUGGCUGUUGCAUUAAGCUCUUGUCCUGCAAGCUUGAAGGCUCACCCAUCGCGGUUGCGCAGAACGACAAGUUUGAUGCUUUUAUGGUGAAUCAAAUAUCGUGCACUAACAACCAAAGCAACUCCUCACUACAGCAACUCAGAUCAGAAACUGUCAUUGAGGUGAGCAUUGAGAUUCCUUUUGCAUUUCGUGCAAUCCCAGCACAAGCUAUUGAAUCAUCUGGGACACAAGUCCUUGAACAAAUAUUAAGAAUUAUGCUUCCCAGGUUUAUGUCGCAGCUUGUGAGGGAUUAUCGAGCAUGGGCUUCUGGUGAUAGAUCAAGGCAGCCUCUUGGCACUGGUGAGAUAUGAAAUUGUAGAUAAUAAGCGCUUGCGAGUUCUAUUGGCCUCUCGUAUUAUGUUUGCUGUUCUGUUAUAUGCAGUGCGAAUCAUUUCUGCACACUUGUUUUAAUUCUCUAUUUUACUAGCUUGGUUUGUUCAAGAGGGAAAAAGAUCAGGUAAAUGUAUCAAAGAAAUGAAUUUUCUGAUUUGUUGACCUAGAUUGCGUUACCAAUGUCAUCGGUAACAUAUUAUCGACUCGCUCUCUGCCCUCUAUUCCUACAA